AUAUAUUUGAAAUCAAGUGCAACAGGGCUUGAAACGGAACAUCUCAGAUCAUUGUGCAAUUGUGUUGAAAUGAAGAACAACUGAUUGGGGACCAAAGCCAUUCCGAGUUUUGGAUGCAUGGUUACUCCAUCCAGAUUUCAAGAAGAUAAUCGAGGAGAAAUGGAAAGCAAUGGAGGUAGAUGGGUUUGCAGGGUACAAAUGCAAACAGAAGUUAAAGGGGUUAAAAGAGUUUUUAAAGGGAUGGAACCGAGACGUAUUUGGAGACAUGGAAGCUCAAUAUGAACAGGCUGUUAAACAAAUUGAGCAGGUUGAUAUGAAGAAUGAGGAGCUUGAUUUGGAGGAAUUUGAAAUUCUGCAGAGACAAGAAGGAUUUCAAAAAAUGUGGGACAUAAUGAGGAAGAAAGAAGUGAUAUGGAAACAGAAGUCAAUAUGCGAUUGGGUACGUGUGGGAGAUGCAAACAUGCGAUUCUUUCAUAGAGUUGCAAAUGGUAGAAAGGCCCAAAAUCAUAUCACAAGCUUAAUGUGUGACGGAGGCUGGGUGGUAGAACCAACACAGGUUAAGAAGGAGGCGAUGAAUUAUUUUAGCAAGCUAUUUCAAGAAGAUAAGCGGAGUAGACCAAAGCCGUAUGGGGUUAAUUUCAAGCAAAUUUCCAUAGAGGGAAAUCAAUGGCUUGAACGACCAUUCUCCACUGAAGAAAUUGAGGAAGCAUUACGAAGUUGUGAAGGCUCAAAAGCUCCGGGCCCAGACGGGUACAACUUUACCUUCCUUAAAUUUGCAUGGAAUAAUUUAAAGGAAGAUUUUAUGAGCUUUUUUUCUGAAUUUAAUCAGAAUGUGGUAGAGGAAGUAAAGAGAAAGAAACAGCAGGCUUUUGUUUUUAAAGCUGAUUUUGCGAAUGCAUAUGACUGUGUGAAUUGGUCAUUCUUGGAAUGGAUGAUGGAUAGAAUGGGUUUCGGAACCAAGUGGAGAAGGUGGAUCAUGGAAUGCUUAUCAACUUCUAGAAUUUCAGUUCUAAUUAAUGGCAGCCCGAUGGAGGAGUUCAAGGUUGAAAAAGGAUUACGACAAGGUGAUCCGUUAUCUCCGUUUUUAUUCUUGAUGAUUGGGGAGGGAUUAAAUGGAUUGGUGCAAAAAGCAGUGACAGAGGGGCUGUUUCGAGGUGUAGAAAUUGGCAUGAGGGGUAAGAGCAACAUUUAUGGAUACAAUGUGCCAGUAAGUUGGGUAGAAGGAUUAGCUGGCAUGCUACGUUGUGGUGUUGGGAAAUCUCCUUUCAUUUAUUUGGGAUUGCCCGUUGAUGGAAAUCCUUUGAGAAAGAAGUUAUGGGAGCCACUGAUAAAUAAAUUCCGAGCCAAACUCGCUGUCUGGAAAGCUGCUUCGUUAUCCUUUGGUGGCCGCCUCACUCUGCUCAACUCGGGAGAUAAAUGGCGCUGGAAAAUGGAAUGGAGGAGAGAGAGAAUAGGCAGAGAAAAGGAUGAGGAGGAGAAAUUAAAGGAAGGAUUGGAGAGGAUACAAUUAAAGAAGAGAGUGGAAGAUGGUUGGAGGUGGACUCAUGAUUCGGAGGGCAGAUACGGGGUGAAGAAUGCUUACAAAUUUUUAACCCCAACAGAGUGUGUUCUAGACAAGCAGUGGAGUAAGUUAAUUUGGUGUAAAUUAGUACCCUCUAAAGUGUCUUUCUUUGGGUGGAGAUUGUGCCUUGAUAGGCUUCCAACUAAAUGGAAUAUUAGGAAGCGAGGAGUACCUUUGCAGGAAGAGGAAUUAAAAUGUGUUUUGUGUAAGGACAAGGUGGAGGAAGUUAAUCACUUGUUUAGUAUGUGCAAGGAAGUAUGGAUUUUUUGGGUAGAGGUGCUACAGUGGUGGGGCAUGGUGACUGUUAUGCCUAAUAACGUGCUAAGUGUGGCAGACAUCUUUGUAAACGAUUUGGGUAGGAUAAUAGGGAAGGAGAUGGGUGCUUGUAUCUUCCUUGUGGCUGCAUGGUAUUUAUGGUAUUGGAGAAAUGGUGAGGUGUUUAACAAUGAAAAUAACAUUAGAGGAAGAUUAAUGGAGAUGGUCCAAGCCAAAUCAUUUUUCUGGAUUAAGAAUAAGAUUCAUGGGUGUGUCUUUUCAUUCCAUGAAUGGAAGGUAAAACCAGUUGAAUGUGCUCUAUCAGUUAGAAAAUAUAAACAAAUGCAGAAAUUGUUCCAUAAACAACAGAAAGGAAUGGGUACAGCUUAAAGUCUAGAGAGGUACGUGGCUUUUCUCCUCAUUGUGAGGCAAAAGUAAGUACAGUUGUUAUAUGCAUGAUGAAGUCGUUGCCUUGAAUAUGUAUAGGGCUUUUUGAGAUGCUAAUUGCUCUGCAGCUAGUGGUGGAUGCUUUUAUUUUUGUCAUUCUAUCAUGCUAGCAGAUGUUUCUUAUGUGUAAUGGGCAGGAGUACCCCUUGUGCUCCAAUAUUAAUAAAUUCAUUUUGCUGAU